GAUCCCACCAGUCCGCACCCCGCCAGCCCGGGUCAAAGAGCGGUCGGGGGGCGAGCCAGCGGAGCCCGGGACGUCCGGGACCCGAAAUCACCGGGGCGCGCGCCUCCUUUUCACCGCCGGGCCCCACCGGCUGCCCCACGGCCGCCUUCACCGGAGGCAACGGCCUGCUCGCGUGAGUCGUCUCCCGGUCAGGGAACCAAAAUGUUGCAGAAAAGACGACUCAGACGGCCUCGGAGUUUGCGAAGGGGAGUUUAUUCGCGCACGGGGGCCCAGAGGGGGCGGUCUCCAAAUCCCGGGCCCCGAGCUCCGGCUGGGGCUCGCUCCCGGUCCCGCUGCACGGGCGGCAGCGGGAGAGGGGCGGAGCGCGGUCCAGGCGGGAGGCGGCGUACAGAAGCAGAACGCGGGGGCUAGCGCGCCCCCUGGAGGCGACUGCCAGUAGGAACGGCUGCCGCUCAGUUGCGUCCGGUCACCAAGGGGAGAAAACGGGGCCGCCCCUGGCUCUCGUGGACGCACGUGCCCCUUAGGGCCCUUCUGACCUUGAAACGCUCUCCAGUGGCGGCGCCGCCGCCGGCGCCCCGACCGCGCCGAGACCUACGCCCGCCGGCGCGCGCUCGAGCCGAACGGCUCCACGGCCCCCUCCUGACGUCACGUUCCGCAGCGUCCCUAGAGCCGGCCGUGGCCGCCGCCAUGUUACGUUACGGCUCCUAGCCGAGGCCCCGCCCCGCCGCAACGUCCCUGCUGACGCCCAAGCGGGCGCCGCCAUGUUGGGGGUCCUCGCGGCGGGCGCGUAGGUGUCUUCAUAAGAUGCCGGCUCGGCGGCGGCGCUCGGCUUUUUCCCCCUCAAGAUGGCGUCCAUGCGGGAGAGCGACACGGGCCUGUGGCUGCACAACAAGCUGGGGGCCACGGACGAGCUCUGGGCGCCGCCCAGCAUCGCGUCCCUGCUCACGCCCGCGGUCAUCGACAACAUCCGCCUCUGCUUCCACGGCCUCUCGUCGGCCGUGAAGCUCAAGCUGCUGCUCGGGACGCUGCACCUCCCGCGCCGCACGGUGGACGAGAUGAAGGGUGCCCUGACCGAGAUCAUCCAGCUGGCCACCCUGGACUCGGACCCCUGGGUGCUCAUGGUCGCCGACAUCCUCAAGUCCUUUCCAGACACGGGCUCACUUAACCUUGACCUCGAGGAGCAGAAUCCCAACGUUCAAGAUAUUUUAGGAGAACUUAGAGAAAAGGUGACCGAGUGCGAGGCGUCCGCCAUGCUGCCGCUGGAGUGCCGGUACCUGAACAAGAGCGCCCUGACCACCCUGGCCGGCCCCCUGACCCCGCCGGUGAAGCACUUCCAGCUGAAGAGGAAGCCCAAGAGCGCCACGCUGAGGGCCGAGCUGCUGCAGAAGUCCACCGAGACCGCCCAGCAGCUGAAGAGGAGCGCGGGCGUGCCCUUCCACGCCAAGGGCCGGGGGCUGCUCCGCAAGAUGGACACCACAACCCCGCUCAAGGGCAUCCCGAAGCAGGCGCCCUUCCGGAGCCCCGCCGCGCCCAGCGUCUUCAGCCCCGCCGGGAACCGGACCCCCGUCCCGCCCUCGAGGACGCCGCUGCGCAAGGAGAGGGGCGUGAAGCUGCUGGACAUCUCUGAGCUGGACAUGGUCGGUGCCGGCCGAGAGGCGAAGAGGAGGAGGAAGACGCUGGAUACGGAGGUGGUGGAGAAGCCAGCCAAGGAGGAGACGGUCAUUGAGAACGCCACGCCUGACUACGCGGCCGGCCUGGUGUCCACGCAGAAACUCGGGGCUCUGAACAGCGAGCCGGCGCUGCCCUCCACGAGCUACCUGCCCGCCACCCCCAGCGUGGUCCCAGCCUCGUCCUACAUCCCCAGCUCUGAGGCCCCGGCAGCCCCGCCUUCCCGGGAAGCCAGCCUGCAGGCCAGCCGGCCCCCCGACGAGCCCAGCGCCCCAGCCCCCGGCCUGCCGGCUCAGUUCAAGCAGCGCGCACCUAUGUACAACAGCGGCUUGAGCCCGGCCACGCCCACACCUGCGCCUGCUGCACCUGCCUCGCCCCUGACGCCCACCACACCCCCCGCCGCCACGCCUGCUGCCCAGGCUCCGCCAGUGGCCAUGGUGGCCCCACAGGCCCAGCCCCCUGCCCAGCCGCAACCCAAGAAGAACCUGUCCCUCACGAGGGAGCAGAUGUUUGCCGCGCAGGAGAUGUUCAAGACGGCCAACAAGGUUACGCGGCCCGAGAAGGCCCUCAUCCUGGGCUUCAUGGCGGGCUCCCGAGAGAACCCGUGCCAGGAGCAGGGCGACGUGAUCCAGAUCAAGCUCAGCGAGCACACGGAGGACCUGCCCAAGGCAGACGGCCAGGGCAGCACCACCAUGCUGGUGGACACCGUGUUCGAGAUGAACUACGCCACGGGCCAGUGGACGCGCUUCAAGAAGUACAAGCCCAUGGCCAACGUGUCCUAGGGGCCGCCGCCCGCCACCGCGGGCCGGGCGCAGGCUCCGGGGGUGGGGUCCCGCGGCGCCCCCCAGGGCCCACUCAGGCUUCAGGUUCCGUCCUCGGGGGUGUCCUGGACUGGUUUUUAGAUUUUAACAUGGGUUACUUUUUGUGUGAUCUGAGACGCUUUUUUGGAUUCAAUACUACAUUUUUGAAUGUUAAAGUUAACCAAAAAAGUUAAACUUCCUAAUUUUAGUGACAGUUUUGCCUGUUGGACUUUUACCUUUUUUAUUUUUCUUAAAUUCCACUGGCCGUGGGGAGGGGCUUCCCCGCCCCCGAGGCCGAGGGGACCAAACACGCCGGGUGGGCGGAGAACGGCGUGGGGGCGCCACCCGGGGCUCAGCCCCGCUCCCCACCGCGCGUUGCCGUUUGCCUCCUGGACGGCCGUGAGCACUGGCGCCCAUGAGCACUGGCGCCCGGGCCUCCGCCGCAGAGGGCCAGCUCGGCCUCGGGGGCGGGGCGGCGGCGGCGGCACCCCCCUCCUGACCACCUCGCCUUCAAUGGGGAUUUGGAACCAACCUAUUUUUAAAAUUAAAAAGACGGUUUUCCAAAACCA